CAGAGAGUAAAAAGAACAGACUCUUUGUUGAAACGCAAUUGCGAUCACGUGACCAAACAUAAUCUCGCUCAGUCGGUUCAAGUAAAGUACACAAACAUCAAAGUACAGUAUAUUGGAAAAGAGGUAGUUUAAGGGAUUCUGUUUUAUGUUAUAACCCAAGAAUAAGGUAAAGACACUUAUCGCUCUUUAUUUGAAGGAGACUUUCCAAAAAAAAAAGGUUUUAUAUUCCAACAUUGCAUCGCCAUUCACAAACUGAUUAAAGUGCAACGUAGGAAUCCAGUUUUCCUCGCGGAUUACGCUCUUUCGUGAAAACAUGGCUAAGAGAAGAUCCUUGAAUCGAAUGAGCCAACGAUAUUCUAGGCGUAGAUCCAGCAGUUCUAUGCACUCUGGUCUUCUUAAUCCGGAUACAGAAAUUCUGGACGAAGAGAGAACAUUUUGGUGGAAUCAUCUGCAGGAUAGCGCGCAACCAUCAUACUCCUCAAUUCUUGGAAAUGAAACAUCCAAAUACUUAAAUGCUGAUUCAAGAGUGGAUUCUGGUCAGAGUCGAUCAGAGUGGUGGAAGAAUCUGGAAUCCUCUGACAAUGAGCAAAAUGUUUCAAUAAAUAUACAGCGUAAUUCGAGUGCAGCGAUAGUAAAAGUCAAUGUAUUGCAAAGCUCGACAUCUGAAUCAGAAAAGGAGGUUGAUUUGAAAAAGACAAAGGUUUAUUUAAAAGCGGGAAAUAGAACAAGUACUGCUGGUAGCAGUGUCUUUCUAAAUGCUCUGGAUGAUGCUGAGAUAGCUAGUCCAUCAACAUCACGGAUGAAACUAACGAGUCGCUCUAAUCUUCAUGAUGAUUCAAACAGAGAAGUUUCACAAAGAAGAUUACAAGAAGAUGACGAGGAUAGCAGUUUAAUUGGAAAAGUUUUGAAAUCAAAAUCAAAUAUUUUUGAUAAAAAAAGAAAGAAGAAUACGGGAGAUCACAAUAUCUUUCAAGAAAUGUUGAUAGAAGAUGAUGAUUUGAAUAGCAACCGCAAGAAAAAAUCAGUCGCGCUUGAGAAGAAAUCCUCUGAGCGUUUGAGGAAUCAAGAUAUUGACACAGAAAGAGUAUCUCAAACGAUAUCAUCGAAAAAUGAAACUGGUUCAUUCAAACUGGCAUUUUCAAAUGUAACAUCUGAAGAUAAUGCUAAUAAGAGCAGCAGUGAUAGCGACCGUAAAAUGAAACCUAAAUCCCGCUUUAUACAACGCAUGCGAAAAAGCGUGGGAACGAACGCUUUUGCAGAUAUUCUAAAUGAUAAGAAUAGCAUAAGUUCGUCUAAUCAGAACAAGGAAAAUGAUAUUCGUGAAUCUAUAACGCCACAAUCAUUACUCAGUCCUUCAGAAAGAUCUGUUAAUAGAUCUAAAAAUGAUAUCACGCAUGCAGAGUUAUCAAAUCUUCAAAAUCUAAGAUCUUCGAAUGCAACCAAGAAGCAAUUAAAUGUCCCGGGACAAACAGAAGAUGAUAUGGAAAUAAACUCAAGCGAAUCAUCUUUGGAUAAGAAUGAAUCCCACGGAAAAAGAUCUUUUUUAAAGCCAAAAUCAAGAAUUUUAAAAAAGUUACGUAAAAGCUUAGCUAAGAAUCCAUUCGAAGAAAUAUUCCAGGAAAAUGAUGUUAUCAGGAAGGAUAAUAUAUCAACUGCAGAUAAUCGCGUAUCUUUAGAGCACGGUGAAAGUCAACUACAAACGAGAAUUAGCCAAAUAAACGAAUUAGCAACUGAGAAGAGAUCACAAUCAAAAAGUAGAAUUAUGAAUGAAGAUGACAUAUCUUUAACGGGAUCAUCUAAGAAAUCUGAUGUAUCAGAAAACAGAAGUAAAUUGCCAGAAAGCAAUAUCGUGAAUGAGUCAGAAUCAAUUUCACGAAAGAGUACAGCAGCUAAAACGCCAGAAAAACAAUUUUUUGUUAGUCCUAAGUCCACUAGAAAGGAACGUACGCGUACAAAUGUAACAUCGUCUGUUGGCAGGAAUAUUGAAGAGGUAAUAGAAUCUGAGAUUAUAAGCGAUGAUUCAAACGAUAAUAUAGAUGUAGAACUCAAUUCAAAUGUGUCCAAACGAUCGUCUAAAUCAUUUCCUAAUAAGGAAGUUCGCUUUACGCGUAACAGUUCUAGAAAUCGAUCUGACACACCGAAGUUUGCAAAUAUGAAAGAACCUGAAAUUUCUAAUAAUCUACAUAAUGAUAUAGAUGUAGAAAAUGAUUCGAAUACGUCUGAAGAAUUAAGUCUUAAUAAAAAAACUCGUUUAACGCGUAAAAGUUUAAAAGAUCGAGCUGAAACACCCAAGCCUAUGAAUAAAGAAGUACAUGGAAUUUCUGAUUAUUCACACAAUAAUCAAUCAAAUAAAGAAUCGGAUGUGAAUACGUCUAAACGAUUAUCCAAAUCAAGUCCUGAUAAGGAAGCUCGUUUAACGCGUUACAGUUUAAGAGAUCGAUCUGAAACACCCAAAUCUACGAAUAAAAAAGCACAUGAAGUUUCUGAUUAUCUACGUGAUAACACAAAUGAAGAACCGGCUCUGAGUGUGUCUAAACGAUUGUCCAGCCCUAGUAAGGAAACUCGUUUGAGUCGUCGUAGUUUAAGAAAUCGUUCUGAAACACCGAAGCUUGUAAAUAGGGAAGAACAUGAAGUUUUUAUUCACACACAUGAUAACGCAAAUAUAGAACAAAAUUUAAGUAUGUCCAAACGAUCAUCCAAAUCAAGCCUUAAUAAAGAAGCUCCUUUGACGCGUAUUAGUUUAAGAAAUCAAUCCCAAGAAAUAUCAAAGUCGACGACUAAUUUAGAAUUGUCUAAACGAUCUAUAAACAGAAUUGCUGAUACUGAAAAAGAAGAAGAAGAAGAAGAAGAUGAUAAUAUAAAUCUAAACUUGGAAAUAGACACGGGUAAUAUUUCGAAACUGAUAAGUUCUACGAGAAUUUCUGCCGCUAAAAGUAGCGUAAGUAUAAGAACACAAAAAAACACUAUCUCAUCAGUUGGUAUGAAAAUAAUUGAUGAUGAAGAUUCAGAUCGUGCGAUGCAAACAGUUGAACGAAAUUCUUCUUUGACAAAGGGUGAAACAAGUAAUAAGACAGCAAAUCGACAGAGUUUAAAUAGAAUCAGCAUGAAAGAAAACAGGGAAACUACAAAACGAAAAAGUUCGAAUAAAUCGCAGAACUAUCACGUUACAUCGAUUAAAUCGUCAAGUAAGAAUGUUCCUUCCAAUAUUGAUAAAAUAGAUUCAUCUAAGGGAUUGAGAAAGAUAGAUGAUUUUUUCAAAAUAAGACAAUCCACAACAAACGAACAAUCGGCUGAUCGCGGGCAGAACAUUCAAGUCUUCGAUGAAGAGAAAAUAGAGAAACUUAAAACGGAAUUGGAGAGAAUAAAAAACCGCGAGAUGGCUGCAAUGAAAAUAGACCUCGCGAACAAUAAGAAAAAAUCUGAAUUAACAGGACAGGUGAAAUCUACGAUGUUUAAACAAACUACGAAAAAGAAGUUACCCGCGAAUUCUACAAAAGUAGUGGACAAAGCAUUUUUAGUAAAUGGAAAGGUGUAUAAAGCACCGAAGCUUUCUCGUCCGAAGUAUUGGGCCACAGAUCGCCUUUACAAAUUUCUAUGGAACUGCAUGGAGCCAAAGUACAAACUAGCGACAAGAUUGAAAUCCGAGAAGUUCGUACAGGAAUUAGUCAAGGUAGUUUCUUUCGUUCAACGCCAUAAGAAGUAUGGUAAUUAUAAGGUUGCGGUGAAGGCUUUAAUGAAGGAAAUGGCUCGCUUGAAUAUCAUUAAUACUUGUAACGACUUUUAUCAUUUCUGUCAGGAUUUUCUGCCGUAUGAAUUUCGCGUUAAAGUGGUACCCAUGUUAUUGCCUGGCAAUACAAUGAAUAUUCCCUACAAUGCAGAAAGUCUGCACAUUCCCUUACUCGAUACCGAACGAUUACGUCCGUAAACAUAAAAGACAUAAUUACACAGACAUAAUUAGUGUGAUAUAUCUUUUAAAUUAUAUUGUUUACAAUUUAAAAUUAAGUGUACAUACAUGUAAUCAAUUUCUCUCAUAAAAAAAAUGUUCAUAUAUUAUAACGUUAAUUGCUUGAUAUAAUUGGUAUAUUUUUGAUAAAUGCAAAUAGAGAAAAUGCA